AUGUUUCGACACCCCGUUGCCAGCAAGACCGAGGUGCAAAUCUCCCAACGCGGUACGGAGGACAGCAGACAAAUCCCCAACCUCGACCAGGGAGCACGCAGUCCAGCAAUGGGCCCCCAACCAGAACCCCUAGCCCCGUCCGAGCUCGGCACAAAAGAAUACUGGGACGCCCUCUACGCGCGCGAACUGAGCAACCACGCGUCCGACCCCGCCGACACGGGAACGUCCUGGUUCGAAGACUCGGACGCGGAGCGCAAGACGACACGGUUUCUCGGCGCGCUCGCCGGGGCGCCGCCCAAGGCCACGGCGUCGGUGCUCGACCUCGGGUGCGGCAACGGCUCGAUGCUCCUGGCCCUCCGGCGGGAGGGGUGGACCGGCCGCGCCCUCGGCGUGGACUACAGCGCGAAGAGCGUGGCGCUCGCGCGGCAGGUCGCCUCGUCCUCGGCGGCGGCGGCGGCGGCGUCGGCGGCAGUCGAGUUCGCCGAGUGGGACAUCCUGGGGGGCGCGUACGCGGGCGUCCUGGCGGGCGAGCAGGCCGGCGGGUGGGACGUGGUGCUGGACAAGGGCACCUUUGACGCCGUCUCCCUGGCGGGCCGGCGCCUGUGCGGGCUCUACCCCGGCCGCGUCGCGCCGCUCGUCAGGGAGGGCGGCAUCCUGCUCGUCACGAGCUGCAACUGGACCGAGGACGAGCUGGCCGACUGGUUCGCUGGCGCCGGCUGCUUUGCCGUGGCCGGACGCGUCGGGUACAGGUCCUUUAGUUUUGGGGGCGUCAAGGGCCAGACCAUCAGCACCUUGUGCUUUAGGAAGCUGUGA